AUGUACGAUCUGCCCCGAAAGUUCACCUAUGGUGUGAUAAAAAACUACUUAAUCGUACGAGGCCAAUCGGAAAACGAAGACGAGGCUAGCCUCAAGUACCCUGGAAAUCAGCACGCGGCUGAAUGGUAUCUGUUUUCGGAUUUGAAUAAUCCGAAACGAUCUGGUGCGUAUGUUACUAGGGUUUUAGAUCCAGAUUCAGCCGACUUGUUCUAUGUGCCGUUUUUUUCUUCAUUAAGCUUAGUCGCAAAUCCUGUUCGUGAUGGGCCUGUAGUAGUUGAGCAUUAUAAUGAUGUUGAAAUGCAAGAGGAUUUGAUGGAGUGGUUGGGGAAGCAACCGUAUUGGAAGAGGAACCAUGGGAGGGAUCAUGUCUUCAUAUGCCAGGAUCCGAAUGCUUUACACAAUAUUGUUAAUCGUGUGAAGGAUGCGAUGUUGCUUGUUUCUGAUUUUGGGAGAUUGGGUCAUAAUCAGGCGUCAUUUGUAAAGGAUGUGAUCUUGCCUUAUUCACAUCGGAUUACUACCUAUAAAGGAGAUAUUGGAGUGGAAAAUCGGAAAUAUUUGAUGUUCUUCAUGGGAAAUCGAUACCGAAAGGAGGGAGGAAAAAUUCGUGACUCCCUGUUUAAAAUACUAGAAAAUGAAGAAGAUGUUGUGAUAAAACAUGGCACUCAAUCAAGGGAAAGUAGGCGAAUGGCUACACAAGGAAUGCAUAGUUCAAAGUUCUGUUUACAUCCAGCUGGCGACACACCAUCUGCAUGUAGAUUGUUUGAUGCUAUUGUGAGCUUAUGUAUUCCAGUCAUCAUCAGUGAUUAUAUUGAAUUACCCUUUGAAGAUGUCAUAGACUACAGGAAAAUUGCUGUUUUUGUGGACACGGAUUCAGCUGUUACACCAGGAUACCUGGUUAAAUUGCUUAGAGGGGUGAAGACAGGGACAAUAUUGGAAUUUCAACAAGAGUUGACCAAGGUAAAGCACUAUUUUGAGUAUGAUGAUCCGAAGGGGAGUGUGAAUGAGAUAUGGCGACAAGUUUCAUUAAAAGUUCCGCUUAUAAAACUUAUGAUAAACCGUGACAAAAGACUAGUCAAAAGAGAACUCUCUGAGCCAGAUUGUUCUUGCCUUUGCACUAACCAAACAGUGAUCCAUGAAUCCUUUCAUGAUGCUGCUUCUUAA